AUGUCCCACAGGCAUGAGCAAGGCCGUGAGGCCCAAGAAGAGAAUGAGGGUCAGGUCAGCGAGGAGGUGCCUGUAGCUAAGGAGGUGGGCACCUCAGAGGGAGAAUCUGCUGCUCAGGUUCCCUGUUCCUCCUCUGCUCCUGCCCAAGCCACUCUACCAAAUGAAGGUUCUGCUCGUCAAGCAGGGAGACGUCAGAGCGUCUCAAAGGCCUACCUCUUCUCCAGGUUCUUGCUCAACAGUCAGCUACAGUAUAAGGUGACCGAAUUGGUGAAGUUUCUGAGUUUCAAGUAUACAACAAAGCAGCCCGUCACUGAGGCAGAAAUUCUGAGUAUUGUCAAAGAGUACAAGCACUACUAUCAAGUGAUCUUCAAGCAUGCCUGUGAAUGCAUGGAAAUGGUUUUUGGCAUAGAAGUGAAGGAAGUGGAUGCUAUCAACCACUCCUAUGAGCUCCUUAAAGUUCUUGAUCUCACCUAUGAUGGGCGCUCGAGUGGUGAUGACGAGGAGGGCAUCCCCAAGUUAGGCCUCCUGGUGCUCAUCCUUGGUGCCAUCUUCAUGGAGGGCAACCGUGCUCCUGAGAAGAAGAUCUGGGACAUGCUGAAUACGGUUGGCGUAUUUCCUGACCAGCAUGAUUUCAUCUGUGGGAAUCCCAGAAAGUUCAUCACUGAAGAAUUGGUUGCUGAGAAGUACCUGGAAUACCAGCUGGUACCCGACAGUGAUCCUCCAUGCUAUGAGUUCCUGUGGGGCCCAAGGGCCCGUGCUGAAACCAGCAAGAUGAAAGUCCUGCAGUUUUUCUCCAAGGUUGUCCGGAGCAGCCCCACGGCCUUCACAGCUCUGUAUAGGGAAGCCUUGAAGGAUGAAGAGGAGAGAGCCCAGGCCGCCCUUGCCUCCGUGGCCUUUCCUGUUGCCCCGGAAGACUCAGGUUCCGCGGACAAGCCCAGCAGCUUCUCCCGCCCUGAGUAA